GUUGAUGUGUGAAGGGGAAGCCACCAAAUGAGUCAGGUCUCCGUCUCUCUCGGUUCGGCACAGCGCAGCUUCCAAAGGCGAACGUCUUCGUCUCCGGCGAGCUGUUAACUUGCCGAUUUUUAUUUUCCGCAAAAUUUAUCGUUAUCUAAUCGCAUACGGGUUUAAAGGAGGUGAUUGUGUUGCCUUGGUUUUGUUUGGAUUUGCUAGGGUUUCGUUCUCAAAAAUGUCAGAAGCUUCUAGGCGGAGUAGGGUCACUAUUACUCUAGGUCGUAGCGGCCAGGUGGUAAGUCGAGAUGGGACUGAUAUAGAUGAUUUGCCUAGAGUUGGGACCAAGCGGUCUGUCAAAGAAAGACUGGGGAACCAGUUUGAUGUCUCUGCUUACGGAAGUGAUGCGGUCAGUAAAAGGCAAAGAGGGGAAGCAAGUUUCAGUGGAAAUGAUUUGCAGAUCAGUCAAAAUGAUCUACGUUUCAAGCUGUUGCAAAAAAAUGCACAGAGACGAGCUCAGAGCGAGGAAGGCAGCACUGUGGAUCUUCGUGAAAAGCUCCUCUCCAAGUCCAAGAGUGAGCAGCUUCGUCGUAGCUUUGAUACUCGACCUCGUAUGUCUGACCUGAGGGAUGAUGACCCGUUGCCUCCAUCAAGAACUGCUCGUGGUCCUUCUCAUCUGCUUUCAUCAAGCAGUGCUUACUCUCCAUGGACCCGGGAUGAUAUACGACGGAGGUCUCCAGAGAGGCUUAUGAGUACUUCCAGGGGUCGGUCGCCACCAAGAAAUGCUGGAAGUAUGAGUGGCACUCCAAGGGCUCUUUCACCGCCGAGGAGCACCAGAAGCUUCACUGGUGGUUCGAGGGAUCUCUCACCGCCAAGAAACUCUGGAAGAAUGAUUAGCCAUUCAAGGAAUAUGUCGCCACCAAGAAAUGCUGGAAGGAUGAUUAGCCAUCAUAGGGAUCAUCUAUCACCGCAAAGAAGUGGUGGUAGAAUAUUUAGCCAUCCAAGGGAUAUAUCGCCACCAAGAAACUCUGGAAGUAUCAGCGGCACUCCGAGGGCUCUUUCACCACCCAGGAACACCAGAAGCUUCACUGGUGGUUCUAGGGAUCCAUCACCUCCGAGAAAUGCUGGAAGAAUGUUUGGCCGCCAUCCAGGGGAUCUAUCACCUCCUCCAAGAACGACUGGAAGGAUUAUUAGCCCUCCAAGGGAUCUAUCACCGUCAAGGAACCCCAGAAGCUUCACUAGUGGCUCUAGAGCUCUGUCCCCAACUAGAAAUGUGGGAAGCAGCUACAUGGGUUCUUCUCGAGGGUUUUCUCCUUCUAGGAAUCCUGGAGGAAGCUACGUAGGUUCUUCCAGGGGUUCUCCUCCACCAAGGAACAUUGAUGAUUUCCAUGGACGAAGCAGGAUGGUUGAUGAUGUGAGACCAUCACCGUAUGCAGUUAGAGGUGUAGUAAAUAAUCAAGCACCAGGAAGUGGCAUUACUCUUUCUAGGCCAAUGUUACCUCCUCCGGUACCAAACCCUCAUCCGUUGCCUCCUUUGAGUCAGCUCCCUCCUCUUGGAAGUAUGAUGCAGAACAGUCCCUUCCCUAUGGAAGAGCCUCUAACAGUAGAGAGCUUUCUAAAUUCACUUGGACUUGGAAAAUACUUCCUUGCCUUUAAGAGAGAGGAAGUGGACAUGACGACGAUAAAGCAGAUGAAAGAAAGUGAUCUAAAAGAUCUUAUCAUACCAAUGGGUCCAAGGAAGAAGAUUCUCCAGGCCAUAGCGUGUCUUCCAAAACGGUAGCGGCGGCCUCUUGCUGAUUCUUACUCUUGUGGUCAUAAUUGGCCUUUUGCGGAUCAAAACUAAGAAGAAACUCUUCUCUCUGGAUGAUUGUAGUCAGAAUGUUAUUAUCUGGAUUUUCUCUGUGAUGCAAUUUAUCUCUCUUUUCUUUUAGACAAGUUGUCGACCGAAUCAGCAGUCGUGUCAGGGUUCGUGUCUAUUUUGAAACAUGACAUGCAUUUUGGUGAAUUGUAACUUUUUCUCCAAUAGCAUAUUUCAAUCCUAGUA